AGCUGCGGCUGUUUGUCUGUUCGACACAGGCUUGGGCCCGACGGGGGAGACGGAGCCCCAGGUACCGGGCUGAUGGAGCCCAGAAGGCAGGGGCGAAGGCGCCCGGGAGAGGAGAGCGGCUUGGCCUGAGAGCAGAGGACUGUUGAAGCCUGGAAGUCCCCUCCCCUUCCCCCUCCCCCCUUUGCCGCUUUGUGGCAUCCCCCUCCCUCUACCCUUUCCCACUCUGAUAAUCUAGCCAUGACCAGCAGAAGCACAGCCAGGCCCAAUGGGCAGCCCCAGGCUAGCAAAAUAUGCCAGUUCAAAUUGGUCCUGCUGGGUGAAUCUGCAGUAGGGAAGUCUAGCCUGGUAUUACGUUUUGUCAAAGGGCAGUUCCAUGAGUACCAGGAGAGCACCAUUGGAGCGGCCUUCCUCACCCAGUCUGUUUGCCUAGAUGACACAACAGUCAAGUUUGAGAUCUGGGACACAGCUGGGCAGGAGCGAUACCAUAGCUUGGCCCCCAUGUACUACAGAGGUGCCCAAGCUGCAAUUGUGGUUUAUGACAUUACUAAUCAGGAAACUUUCGCCCGAGCGAAGACAUGGGUAAAGGAACUACAGCGACAGGCCAGUCCUAGCAUCGUUAUUGCCCUGGCAGGGAACAAAGCUGAUCUGGCCAACAAGCGCGUGGUGGAGUAUGAAGAGGCCCAGGCAUAUGCAGAUGACAACAGCUUAUUGUUUAUGGAGACCUCAGCCAAGACAGCUAUGAACGUGAAUGAUCUCUUCCUGGCAAUAGCUAAGAAGUUGCCAAAGAGUGAACCCCAGAAUCUGGGGGGUGCAGCAUGCCGAAGCCGAGGUGUGGAUCUCCAUGAGCAGUCCCAGCAGAACAAGAGCCAGUGUUGUAGCAACUGAGGGGGUGGCUAGCAGCAAACAAGUGUGGAGCUAGCACGAGAGCUAAGAAGUAACCUCCAUUCCCACCCCUCAGCACACAGCCCCUACGGUAACAGCACACUGAGCCCUGGCUCCCAAGGGCUGCCUCCUGACAGCUCCGUCAUGGCACUUUUUAAUGCUUCAGCAACCAACACCAGGCAGCUGUUGCCACUGGUCUCCUACCCCUACUCUGGGGCUUGGGGUCAGAUCCCCCAGGACUUACCUUCCAAAACAAACUUUCUUCACUUUGUAUUAUAGGUGCAAGACAGUGACCUACUUAUCUUUCCUCCUCCCCAUUUUUUCAGAAAACAUUUUUUUGUUUGUUUGUUUGUUUCCUGCCCCUUCUCCUGCUUUUGGUCAAUCCCAAUUCGUGAUCCCCUUUUCUCCUCUCCCCAGGAUGGAGAAGGUGGUGAACCCAGGAACUGAGGAAGGAGAUUUCCAAUUCAGUCACAGUAAGGGCCCUGGGGGAGAGUAAGGCGUGGAGCAUGAGGGAGUAAGGAAAGAUUUCCUUUUUGGUUUUAUCUGGUUGGAGUUUCUCAUAUUUAACAACAGUGCAGUAUCCAUGAGUUGGCCUUGUGGAGGAUGUUUCUAGGUAGAGUGAGAAUGGAAAGGCAAGCUCUCAGGCACCAGGUAGGAGUUGUGUUGUUAGCUAACUGGGUGGAGGUGGAGGAGGAGGUGGAGAUGCUAGUUUGGAGGCCUAGUUUCCCCUCACUAGCCUUUUUAGGUAGUGUCUCCCACAUAGUGGGGGAGACUCCGGACCCCUGAGUCCAAAGAAUCUUCACUGGUUGCCUGCAUCUUUGGCUCUGCUGUGAUCUAAUUGGGGGAGGGACCUGUUUCUGAUACCCAUCCUCUGAUUUAUACGUAUGCAUUUUUUUUCUCUCUGGCCUUUAGAUGGCCUCAGCCUCAGCCACUAUAGCCCCCUGCAGUUUGCACUUUAAUUGAUGGUAGUUCAGUUGGGAUACUUGUUUUAUGGGGGGGUUGAUGGAUUUACCUGCCCUCUCACCUUUUUAAUUAAAUGGAAUCUGAGAUGUAUAUGAGAUUUCGAGAGGGACUAUAGAGAACAGUACCAGUGGCAGCUACUCAAGCCCAGUCUUCACUGCUAGCUUCCUUCGACUCUGAUUCUUAACCUAAUUUCUUGCCAUCCUAGCUCUUGGGUAUAGAUUUGCCUUUCCUGGGGAAUUAACUGAAGCAACUGGAGAGAGGUCUCAGGAUAGAACAGGCCAUGGUAGGGGGUGAAGAGGAGUUAGACAAGAAGGAGGAGUUUCCUCUCCUUUCCUGGAGUUCGUGUUCAAUUUGAUCCACCCAUUACCAUUCUUUUCUACUUCCCUGUAAAUAGGUAUUAUCUUUAUUCCCACUGUACAGUCUGUUCAGUUCUCUACCUCCCAUCAGGCCCCAUUUCUUCUUUGUUAGUAUCUUCAGUUUAGUCCCUCCGUGCUUAUUCCCAUACCCAUCCCCCAUGUAACCAGUGGCUUAAUCUAUAUACCACUAGGGGCUAUCACCACAGAGGCCUACUUGUGGCCCCCUCAUGGCAUAACACCUGUUCCUGUGGACAGAACUACUGGCACUGAAGGUCCUUCACAACUGUCUCACAUCACCAGAGGACAUUGAUCCUUUCUCAGUCUCUAGCCUCUCUUCACAUCCCUUCUUUGGGAAGGCAUCAAGACAAGAGAGAACUCUAAACUUAUUCCAGUUGUGGGAAAAUUGGGGGAAGUAAGAUAGUGAAGGCCUCAGUGACCUAGGAUCGGAAGCUUUCUGCCCUUUUGGCUUGAAGACUUCCUUCUGUCCCAGAGUAGCUGAGAAAUCCAUGAAGCUGAGAUUCUGAAAGAUUCAGCUUCGAUUCUUCCACUUGGGCCUCAGUUCCCUUUCUUUUACAGGGACAGCCUUAGUUCCCGUGGCCCUGAAAUACAUUUCCCCCUUUUCCAACACCCAACAGCACCCCGUGAAUCUUUACGAGUGGAAGAACUAGAAUGGUUCUGAAGUCUCUUAGAAAUGAAAUUCUUUAUCUCUGCAGCAGAAAUGAAGAUGUUUCAUUGCCUUGGGGCUGGGAAAUCAUUUCUCCAGGUUUCCUCUUCCCUCUCCCGCCCCCUUAGGAACGGGAUUGGCCUUAGCUUCUGGGCCUAUCUGCUGUCUUCCUUCUACUUUCCUUUGAGCUCUGUUGGGCUUGGGGAUCUUAAUUUUUAUUUCCCAGCUUUCAUUUUUUUCUUCUGAUCAGUUAUUUUGGGGGGGGGAAGGUUCCUCUUUUUUUCUUCUAAGAAAGCAUUUGCCUCUUUCCCCCUUUCUUCCUCUUUCAACAUAACAAUCGUGGUAACAGAAUGCGACUGCUGAUUUACCGAUGUAUUUAAUAUAAGUAAAAAAGGAAAAAAAACUGUA